UUUCUUUUCUUUUCGGCUGCCGCUUGGCAGUCCAACCCUAAAUCCGCAAAUACGCUUCGGUUAAAAACGCUCCAUGUCUCUAACUCUCUCUUAAUUCCAACCAUAAUCCGCUUAAAAAGCUUCAAAAGAAUAAUCCUUCGCUGCCCGUUUUAGCUUUCCCUGGUACCAAACACACCGUUUUGUGUACAUUACAGUGUCUCUUCAUUCUCCCGCGUUCCCCCUCGCGGCUUUUUGCAGGAAAUAACAGGUGAUGUUUGCUUGUUAUGCUGGAACAGAAAAAAAAAGAUGAUGAGCAAAAAUGAAGAGGUGGAAUUCGUUGAAAGAAGAACAAGUGGUAGGUGUAAAAGUGAAGAGCUAGUUGAUUUGGAGCAGAAAGGUCCUGGAUAUUGCCAUAGGGCAGAUGAGAAUGGAAUAGGGGAUGAAAGUACUCAUGGCAGUGAGAGACCCUUACUAGUAGACAUUGUGGAGAUUAUUGACAGUGAUGAUGAUUCUUCUCCUUGUGAAAUUUUGGGUGCUAAAGUGAUGCCUAUGGCACCACAAGUGCACAAUGCACAUUCAGCGCAAGAAAUUUCUGAACUUGGGACUGAAGUGCUUAAAAGAAAAUUGCUUUCAAGUGUCAAGGCAGGAGGGAAUGAUAAUAAUCAAGAUAUUGUGGACAGUUGUACAGGUGGUAAACUUAAGAUGACAAAAAGUGAAAAGAUUAUCCACAAGCUUAAUAGCUCUCCUGCCAUGGAUAGUUCAGUAGCAAACAGUGGAAGGGAAUUUUCUCCAUCAAUGCCAACUGUUUUGUUACAAGGUGAAGAGAAUAUUGGGGUAGAUAGUGAAUCUCAAAACGGGUCUGACAGUUCAAGUUCCUCUGGCUCAGAAGAUGAAUGGGAUUUCUCAGUAGAUUUUUCUUCAAUGAUUAAGAAUUGGCAACAAGGGCGCGUACAUGGAGCUCGUAAAAGGGGGGAGCUUGCCACAGACAUGGUUACCACAUUUAAGAAAGAUGGAGAACUUUGUAUGGAGGUUGUUUGUUCUCUAGACAGGCAGAAAACAUCUGUGAGGAAAUUGAUUUAUGGCACUUCAGCCACCGAAUAUCAAGAUCAUAACAAGUUAGCUGUGACCAGCAGCACACAAGGUGUCAGAUGGGACGAGCCCAAUGAUCAGGGAGACAUGUCUGCACAGAUUGAGCAUGAGGUUCCUUCACCUUCUACUGCGAGGUCUAGUCCAGCACUAGUUGGAUCUUCACCUUCUGCAUUACCUCAUGCAUUACUGCCAUCUGUAGCACUUACAUCUGGAUCUGCUCCCUUAUCAUCGUUUGUUUCAGCUGGUACCUCAUCCAUUCCACCGAUAGGCGGAGCACCCACAUCAUUUUCUCCAACGUCAUCUGUGGAUGCCAUAUCACUUACUCGCUCUCAUGUGAGAACACCAAUAAAGCUUGUGAAUAAUGCAUUACAUCCGUCUGAUGUUUGCGCCCGGAAGAUUACAUCCAUAUUUAAGAUAAGAUUGGAUAAAGAUGGCUAUUGUUGGAAGAGCGUCUCCAAGGAGACAAAAGAUUUGUAUUGGGAAGAAUUUCAGAAACACUUCAUUUGGGAUGAGACAAAUUCAUCUCUUAUAAAGAUUGCUUGGCAACGCAAGGCUGCAGAGCGAUAUAGGUCGCUCAUGUGCUCCUUUAGGAAGGGGAAAGAGAAGUCUAUGCACGUGCCUGAUAUUACAUGGCAAAAAUGGAAUGAGGCAUGGAGCACUGAAGAUUUCAAAUCACGGAGUAAGCAAUUUUCAGCAAAUCGUCGCAGUGAGACUGGAGGACCUGGAUCUGGUAUAUCUCGUCACUCAGGGGGCUCAAUUUCCCACACGGCACAUGCAGAGAGAUUGCGAAAGAGUCUUGGUCGAGAACCUCUUCCCUAUGAGCUUUUUAAGGUGACCCAUACUAGGAAAGGCACCUCUGAUCUUGUUGAUGCACGGGCACAAUCAAUUAAGGAUGCAUUUCUUGCACUUAAGAACCAUUCAUCUCAGCCACAAGAGGGCUGCAGUGAGCCUCCAAUUGUGGAUGAGGUGAUGCUAUACUAUCAAGCUGUAGGAGGCAACAAGAAGCGACGAGUAUAUGGAGUAGGAUCCCAAGCAUCAACUUUCUACUCACAGUCAUUUCACACAUCUUUCUCUUCUACAACAUCUCGUGUGCAGUCCGAGGCUCUGAGGGAUGAGCUUCGACAACUGCACCAGACAGUUGAUGUGCUGCAGCAGGGGAAUCAGAAGCUACGACAAAGUUUGGCUGCUAUGGAGGAGAGAAACCAGCAAUGUGAGCAACUGAUGGAGAAGAGAGAGAAGCAACGCGAGGAGCUGAUUCAGGAGUGCUUGCAUCGAAUGCAGGAGAUGAUGAAGAUGGAAACUAAGUUCUCUCACAUAUCACAUUCUACGGCCCUGGAUCAUGACACUACACUUGAGGAUGGCACUGGAAAUGGUGAUGUUAGCCUUGAUGAGCAUUAACUUUUAUAUGAAUAAUUUUGAUUAACAUAUAUGAAUUUCUGCACAUAUUUUGAUCAUAAACAGUCCCUUAGUUUUUUCUAAGUAAGAAUGGAUUUGAAAAUUGAUUUGGACUGGUUACCAAAAUUAGUAAUGGAUUCUGUUGUUUUCU